AAAAACCUGCUCACGCAGGAGUUUGAUGUUCUGGAUUCUGACUGCAGAUCAGUGAAGUCGGUUUAACCAAUCAGAGAAGGGGAGGAUGUUCUCGGGUGUUUGAGGUCAUGUUUAGGUUUCUGUUGCGGUCGGAGGGGUUUGGGUUCGGCUCCAGGAAAUGUCAGGCAUGGAGCAAUUUCCUCAUCGCAGCGACCUCGGCUGCUUAUCUUGAGGUUUCCUCAUCCCCCGGCAGAGAUCUUUGAGUCAUCAGAGGUGAAGACUCGUCUCCUCUGAGUGGGAGGCUCAAACGGUCUCAGGUCUUCAGUGGAUUAGAGGUGGUGUCGAGGCUGGAGGGAGACUUCUGGAUGGUUUGAGCUUGAGUCAGUUAAGUGAAGAUGGAGUACCGGGCGCCUGCUCUCUGCACAGUGGUGACCUUCCUCCUCUGCGUGUCUUCUCGAGAAGUGACCGUGAAGCAUUCUGAUCUGCUGCUGUGUGAAGAACACAGACGAGCCUGCGUCACCAACCUCAAAGACUGCGGCCCCCGACCAGCUACGUCCAUACAGAGGACCUUGAACAUGUCCUGUUACUAUGAGGAGCUGGAGAUAGACCAGAUGAGCCACAGAACUGUGACCUGUGAGUGGAGCGACGAGUCAGAGAGUCCCACAGAGUCAGACGUCUCUCUGAUCUUCAGCAGGAGUCGUAGAAUCCUCUCCUGCGAGAUGUUGUUCAACGAGGUCGCCAUCUUCAACGUAACAGCCAGAAUCAAAAACUACAUGACGGGGAGCGAGACCUGGUCCAAACCUCACACUGUGUAUCUCUCAGAAGCAGUCAAACCCUCCCCACCUGUAUUAUCUGUGGAUGGCCACACGGUGGACUCUGUCGUCGUGUCUUGGGGUUGCAUGUAUGGAUGCAGCUGUCGGCUUCAGUACAGAGACAACAGGUCUCACACCUGGACCCGGGCUCCAGAUUCUGUCUCUUUAAGUGAAGGUCAGACUCUGACCUACACCAUCAGAGACCUCCAGCAGUUUACAGUUUACAGAGCCGCUGUGUCCUGCAGAGAGGACUCUGACAUCUGGAGCCGCUGGAGCAACGAGGUCACCGCUCGGACGCUGGACCGGGCGCCCUCUAGUGCUCCGGACGUGUGUUACAGAGCAGAGAAAUCCGAGUCUGGUGACUUGUUCCUCCUUCAUCUCAUGUGGAAGGACCUGGACCUCCUUGAUGCUGGAAGCCGAAUUCUGGGAUACCAGGUGAGCUAUGAGCCAGAGAGGAACCAGAACCUGCAGGACAGGGUAACACAGAACGUCACCGAGGGGACGGCGCUGCUUGUGGUGGAGGCUGGGAACUGCAGCGUCUCAGUGAGAGCCUUCAACACGGCGGGCUACGGGCCGGCUGCACGACUCAGCAUCGACACGCAGAGACGAGAGACGCUCCCGUCGGUUAGGAACCUGUGGGCCUCCAGUUCUCCUGAAGGCCUCCUGGUCCGGUGGGAGACCCCCGUAGACCCCCCGCCCUCCCUCAUGCCUGUCAGUCUUUUCGCUGUUCAGUGGCACUCUGAGACUCGAGCAUCAUCCGACCGCCGGACCACCGUGGACAACAUCUCCACCUCCACUCUGAUACGAGAUGUUGACCCGGAGGACUCGUAUCUGAUCAGUGUGUUUCCUGUCUACAACCAGCAGUGCGGGCCGCCUCAGUCUCUGCCUGCCAGUCUGCAGCAGGGAGCUCUGAGGGAGGCGGUCAAACUGAAGGUGGUGGGCGUAACGAAGACGUCGGUGACGGUCACAUGGGUGUGGCAACAGAAGUCUGGGCCAAUCAGAGUGCAGGGGUACAGCGUGGUGCUGAGGACGGACUCACAGACACACAGUCUGUCUCUGUGGCCCGACCAACAGCAGCACACCUUCCAUGACCUGGAGCCCAGCACUGAGUAUUCUCUUCACCUAUUGGCUGAUAAUACCUCCAGAAGCAUCCUCACUGUGACGACAGACUUCAACGAGGUUCUCGUGGUGGCCGCAGCGACUCCUCUGCUGCUGCUGGCCGUGGUCGUCUUCAUCGUCUCCAUCCUGUCCAGGACCACGUACAAGUCGUACUUCUUCCCGCCCAUCUCCAGUCCUCGCUGCAGCACCACAGGACAGUGGCUGAUGGACCCCAAGCACCAGAGACCUGGAGAGGGGAACAUCCUCUACGUGGACGACUUCCACGUGACGGACGUCCUCGGAGAGAAGAGCCUGAUCACUGUCAGUCCGAACUCUGAACCCCCGUCAGAGAAGGACCUGCAUGAAGACGCCUCCCUGCUGCCCAUCAGACACCUCGUCAUCACGCUGGACCCGGACUACGUGUCCGACGCUCCCGUGUUUCCAGAUCCGGUACCCUCUUCUUUCCAGACCCCCUAUCACCCGGUCUACUCUGUGAACUGUCCUCAUGUGGACCAGGAUCAGGAAGAGUUCGCAUCAGAGGAGAGCCGCGAGGUCGACUCUGCUUCUCACGCUGACGCCUGCUUUCCUCAGAAAGAGGAAGAUGGUAGCGGGCGGAUCUCUGAGAUCUCACGUCUGAGAGAAACCGUCAUGAAGAGUCUGUUUCAGGAGUUCAUGAGAAACACGCAUCAGACCAGCUGUGAGGACGAGUACGUGGGGAACUCCUCCUCCUUUCAGGGGACGAGAGAUGUUGAAACGAACUGUUCUCCGAUCUGUGACAAUGAUUACAUCGCUAACAGCUGCUUCACCGCUAACGCUAACGCUAACACCACCACUACGAGGUGUUAGAUCAGAGCCACACAUGGACAGUCCUGCUGAGGACCCCCUGUGGCUGUGAUGUGCAUUACAUCAUCUGCAGGGAACUGAAGAGGCAGAUGUUCCAGGUGAGACUCGAGUCUCCAGGAUACUUCUUAAGUUUCGUUGAUGGGUCGUGAACUUCAGAUCUCAUCUUAUGAUCUUUAUUUAGUCGUCUCUUUAUCUCUCUCUUUUUCUUCAUCCCAUCCAAACACGGUCCAGGCCGCGUGAGUCCGGUCCUGCUCGAGGUUUCUGCCUGUUAACCCUCCUGUUAUGUUCGUUUCUCUGGGACAGCAAUAAUGUUCCUGGGUCAAUUUGACCC